CCAUAGCUGAAGAAAUAUUAGAUCAAAUACAUACAGAAUAGACUAGAGAUGGAUCUUGAGAGUAUAUUUGAUGUUAUUCUAAGAAAACAUCAGAAAAACAACCAUUUGAAUAGCACCGAUGGAAGUGAAAUAUUGUACACAAACUUUUUACAAGAAGAUUUUGUAAUAUCAUCAGUUUCCUUGGUUAUUAUAUGUGUUGGGAUCAGUAUAGGAAUUGUUGGUAAUAUCUUGAUAAUAGGUGGCGUGACCGUGUAUAGAAGACUUCGUACAACUGGUAAUGUGUUCAUUGUGAAUUUGGCUGUGGCAGAUUUAGUAGUAGUGACUAUUGUUCAACCGUUCAAUGUAAUAGGAAUCAUCCUUGGACCUGAAUUUUUCCACGGGAAGCUUGAAGCACUGUGCCAUAUGGUCGCGACAGUGUGUGUAAUGAGUUGUGCAGGUUCCAUGAUAACACUUGCAUCAGUCGCUCUAAAUCGAUACAUUUUCGUGUGUAAAAAUAUCAAGUAUCAUUCCUUUUAUUCGAAGAAAAAGAUUGCAGUAUACAUUGUUUUCAUAUGGUUGUUGGUGAGUAUGAUUGAUUUACCCAACUACCUCAGAUGGGGCGGUCAUACGUUCGACUAUAAGACAAUGAGCUGCGUCUUUGAUAGAAACUUUCUACCAUAUACUAUGUUUCUCAGCACCCUGAUUUAUUGGAUUCCUCUAUCUCUUGUUUUUUACUGCUACGUUUCGAUCUAUCUAUACGUUCGGAGGCAUCGAAAGGCGUUUCAAAAACAAAUGACCAAAUGCGAAUCGAUUAAUGAAGAUAUUAUUUUAGCCAGGCAUCAGCAGGACAUUCGAAUGAUACGGACAUUUGUACUGGUAGUUAUUAUUUUCAUACUGUGCUGGGUUCCUUACUUCGUCCUCGUUCUUUUCGAUAGAGAUGAAAACGUAUCCAAAGCCGUCUAUGCUUUCUCACUUGGUGUUGGUCACUGCAACAGUUCCGUGAACAGUAUACUAUAUGGGGCAACCAAUAAAAGAUUCCGCAAAGGUUAUAAGAUGUUCGUUGUCAACUACUGUUGUAUGUGCUUCAACAAGAAAACGUCAAAAGAAACAGAGAAAAAUUUGUGGUAUAUCAGCAAAUCAAGUUCAAUUUACGAUGAAGACAAACCAGCCACACAGGCUUCCACUUUGUCAAGUCAGGAGAUUCCAAUACAGGAAAGGCAAGGGAUUUAACAAAAAACAAAAAAUACACCGAAGAAAACAGAACUUGAAUUUUGAUAUUGUGGAUAUAUAAUUGAUGUUUAAUUUUUGUUUGUACAUAAUGUGUUUAUAAUUUCUGUACAUGUCCUGCUUGUGCUUUUAUAUAUGUCAAUCGUUUUAAUCAAGGGAUUGACACACGGAUAUUUGAAAAAUGAGAAUAAACGGAUAUCACAACUAUUAGAAAUAUUGUUGAAUACGAUUGAUAAUGUAUUAAAUGCGUGCGCUAUUUGAUAAUUUUGCACAUACUUUUAUGUUUAAGUUAUGCGUAUUACUGUUUACACAUAUUUGUUUUAAGUUGUGUGAUUAUUUAACGUCACUUUGCCUGCUGUUUGUUGGCUUGUCAUUGUUAUUUAAUAAAUUCUCCAACGGGUUUUAUGACCUCUUAAUAGUUACAUGAACCAUUACCUGACAAAAGAAUUAGAAACUUUAAUUCCUGAAAUUAGAAAUAUUGUAGUUAUUGAUUAGUUUUUACUUCUAAAUACUUGGAACGAUUUAGAUGUCAAGUAGUCUUUGUCAUUUUAUUAUACCUCAGGUACUAUUUUGUAUAUGAAUAAAGGCAACAGUAGUAUACCGUUGUUCAAAUUUCAUAUAUCGAUUGAGAAAAAAAAAAUCCAGGUUACAAACUAAAAUUGAGGGAAACGCAUCAAAUAUAAGAGAACUACGACACAAUAGAGACACAACACCGAAAUGUAACACACACAGAAACAAAUCAAGUUGAAAUAAGUACACUAUAUUUUCAUUUCAAUUUGUAAGUGCUGAACUAUUGCACCGGUCAAUAGUUUCCAACUUUUGGACUUUGAUGGAACGAUUUGACUGCAAACUUCAUUAUAUUUCGCGGAAUUGUUCAUGUAGCUCCGGGAUUGGAGGAAUUUGAAAAUACCACUUUAGAAACGACAUUUACCUUCUGUAUUUAGGGAUGACGUCAGUGCAGGAUGUAGCCUUAGCAUUUUAGAAUAUUUAUAAAGUAAACGUUAAACAGUAUGACUGGGGUUCUGCUUUUAAUAUUACGAUAGUUGAUUUAUCCCCAUCAUUUAUUGUCUGUAGUCUUAUUCGAUAUAAUAAAACACUUACUAACUGGGUAUGAGUGGAAUAGCAAGUUUAUCAUCUCCUCGGAUACAAUUAUUGGCCUCGGCUACGCCUCACGGCAAUAGUUGCACCUCAGGGACAAUAAACUUAUUAUUCCCUCAUACACAGUCAAUAAGUAUACAAUGGUGUUGCCACAUUGAUUAAUAGAGGGAAAUUGACCCAUUAAAUACUUUAAUCAAACUUUCUAAUGAUUAAAAGAACAAAAUGAGGUUUUGAUAAGAAUGGCUAAAGUGGAUUUAAAUAUGAGUUUUUGAAAUGUUUACCUCUAACUAACCCAAAAAAAUUGUAAAUGGACGAAUACAGACUAGUCCGCUUUAAAUUUGUGACUGCAUCUUGGUUUUAACUUUACAACGAAAAAAUGACGUAUUUUGUGAUUUUCAACAUACCAAAAGAUGACAUUAGUGUUUGAAAAAAAACCCAGCCAUUAUCUUGUAUUAAUUUCUUUCAAAGAACGUAGGUAGGCGUAAUACUCUGUUGAAUAUAAUACUUAUAGACAUAAUUUCUGUGUUAUUUGGUGUCUUGUGAAGAGUUGUCUCAAUCGUAUCGCAUCUUCUUUUUUAUAUAUACAAUACGGCAACUUAACUGGUUGUUUACUGAAGUAGCAUUUGUGAUUUAACAUAUAACUGAUUCACCUGUUUGACAACAAAAGACAAAACCUCAAAUUAUAAAUCUCAUUAACAAUAUGUAUGUAACUUGAUGUAUCGGUUUCUUUUACAAAUACAGAUUACACAUUCUACUUAUUUUGUUUUAUUCUGAUUGACUUUAAAAACGCAGCAUCCAUUUUGUUGAUUUUUUUUUUUUACAAAAUCACGACUGAUUCUCAUACAAGUGACUCAAAUAAUGGUAAUAGUCAUGGUAAUAAACUAAGAACAUAUCGCAAAGUUAAAAAUAAUUUUGAAUUAGAAAAAUACCUUCUACUGGACCUUAACAAAAGUGUUAUUUCCAAAAUGGUAAAAAUCAGAAUUAGUAAUAGUAAAUUACUAAUAGAAGUUGGUAGAUAUAUAUAUACUAGAACACCUUUAGAACAGAGAAUUUGUCCAAUUUGUAAGGAUGGAAUUGAAGAUGAGUUCCAUUUCCUCAUUCAAUGUAAAGCGCUAGAAAUUAAUAGAAAUGUACUCUUUUGUAAUUUAAGUGAUAUAGUUCCAUCUUUUGCUAGUAUGUGUGAACAAGAUAAGUUUAGUUUCAUUUUGAAAAGUAAUGAUACAGACAUUAGUACUGUAAGUGUAGCUGGAAUAAGCGAUAUGUAUGAUUUGAACAUUCAUUUAAAGCAAACAUAAUGUUGUUAAGAACUUUUAUAGUAUUAAAGCUAAUUGUUAAUGGCUUGAAUUAAUAAUUUUGCAUGAAUAACACCUCCA